UAGCCUAUAUAGUCUUGUUGUAAAGUAGCAGUACUUUUGCUGUCCCGACUGAUCUUUCUUUUAGCUGAGAGAAAUUCAGAGUCCUGCUUGUUGAUGUCAAACUGUGUAUCUCACUGGAGUGCAGAAGUAGGGUGAUGCUAAAAUCUGGGUCAUCGGUCCCUUUUACACGUGUUCAGAGCUCCCGACAGGGGCAGCAGGAGUCUGUAACAAAACGCUCCACAUGGCAGCCGAAAGAGAGGACUGAAUACAGGCUAGAAUGAGAUGUGUGCGGGGGGAAAUAGAGCAGAUGGAGCACCUGAUGAAAUUUGUGUUAGCCCCCAAAGCUACCGUCAGAGGAACAGGAUGCAGGGACCGUCUAGCUGGUAAAUGCCUGCAGGCUGUCAAUGUGUGGUCUUCCUGGAGACAGUCUUUAAGGAGAAGUGUUUGGGGUGAGCUGCUGACCUCCCUGCAAGCCGGACCCGGCGUCCUAUCUCUGAUCUCCUGCCAAGGAGAUAGCAGUUGCUGCACACUCUACACCUGACCCCCACCCCUGCCCCGUCCCAUCCCCGCCGUCACCAUGGUGCUGUCACAGAGACAACGUGACGAGCUAAACCGAGCGAUAGCUGAUUACCUUCGUUCCAACGGAUAUGAAGAGGCAUAUUCAGUUUUCAAAAAGGAGGCAGAAUUAGACGUGAAUGAGGAAUUGGAUAAGAAGUAUGCAGGUCUUUUGGAAAAGAAAUGGACCUCAGUCAUCAGAUUACAGAAAAAGGUGAUGGAAUUGGAAUCAAAACUGAAUGAGGCAAAAGAGGAGAUUAAUAUAGGUGGGCCAGUUGGACAGAAGCGAGACCCCAAAGAAUGGAUUCCCCGUCCUCCUGAGAGAUACGCCCUGAGCGGCCACAGGAGUCCUGUCACCAGAGUCAUUUUCCAUCCUGUUUUCAGCGUCAUAGUCUCUGCCUCAGAGGAUGCAACAAUAAAGGUAUGGGACUAUGAAACGGGUGACUUUGAGCGGACCCUCAAGGGCCACACAGACUCUGUGCAGGACAUUUCCUUUGACCAUACUGGAAAGCUGCUAGCCUCCUGUUCAGCGGACAUGACCAUUAAGCUCUGGGACUUCCAGGGCUUUGAGUGUAUCAGGACCAUGCACGGGCAUGACCAUAAUGUUUCAUCUGUAGCUAUUAUGCCCAAUGGAGAUCACAUAGUUUCUGCCUCAAGGGAUAAAACCAUUAAAAUGUGGGAGGUGGCCACUGGGUACUGUGUCAAGACAUUCACCGGCCACAGAGAGUGGGUGCGCAUGGUGCGGCCCAACCAAGACGGGACCCUGAUUGCAAGUAGUUCUAAUGACCAGACGGUGCGCGUUUGGGUGGUGGCCACAAAAGAAUGCAAGGCGGAGCUGCGUGAGCAUGAGCAUGUUGUGGAGUGCAUUUCUUGGGCCCCUGAAAGUGCCCAUCCCACCAUCCUAGAGGCGACUGGCUCAGAGACCAAGAAGAGCGGGAAACCUGGUCCUUUCCUGUUGUCUGGUUCCAGAGACAAGACUAUCAAAAUGUGGGAUGUGAGCACUGGCAUGUGCCUUAUGACACUGGUUGGCCAUGAUAACUGGGUGCGUGGGGUUCUUGUGCACCCUGGAGGAAAGUUCAUCGUGAGCUGCGCUGAUGACAAGACUUUGAGGAUCUGGGAUUACAAAAACAAGCGCUGCAUGAAGACCUUGAGUGCCCAUGAACAUUUUGUUACCUCUCUGGAUUUCCACAAGUCAGCUCCAUACGUCGUCACCGGGAGUGUAGAUCAAACAGUAAAAGUGUGGGAGUGUCGCUGAUCGUACCCGCAGGACCCUUCACAACACCUCCUGCUCCCCUCCACCCCCCCGGACCCAUUCCACUUCCCCCUCAGCUUCCUCCUGCUCUUCUGGAUGCACUCGAACACCACGGUUAUCACCCACCAAGCUCCAGUUCAAUAACAUGUCCUUUUAUGUAAAUUAUUCUGGAUGUAGAUCGAGCUAUUAAAUGAAAAAAAAAAAAAGUAUUCUUGCAUGGUGAAUCCAAAACUGUAUACUGUAAAUUUACAUAAUGUUGUCUAGAAGUACCAUAGGUUUAACACAGGCUGAUCUUUCACUCAGCCUGACCUACCGAAGGCAGAAGCUGACUGGGUUAAAUGUAGGGCACUAAACUGAUAAUUUAAUGACAGUGUCUGAUUUAUUUUGUCAAUCUUUUUUUUUAAUUUUUUUUUUUUUAUAGUUUUGUUUUGUUUUCUUCCACUGUCUUAGUCUGUUUGUGCCUAGCUUGGAGACCUUUCAAGGGGCAAAGGCUACAGAAUGAACCUAUAAUGCUGAGGUGGAGAGUUGAAUGAUCAUCUAUGGGGCUUGUUAUCGAAGUUAUUCUGUAGCUUUGUUGCAUCACUUCUGGAGUGUACUUACCAUUCUCUUCUUGUGGAUUUAGAUAACAUUUAAUGGUUGCAUCUAAGAAUGUUUCAUGUGUUUUUGUCUGGAAACCUUUGGGAAUAAAUCUUUGUACGCUUGUCAUGACGCGUCCUACUGAGAAGUACAAUCCCAGAGACAUGACUUUACACUGUAAGAGAGAAUUGUGCUUAAUUAUAGAAGUGAAUUUAUAUGAAACUCCUGCAUCCAAAAAGCCAUGCUGAAUAGUGGGCGGGUUUUUUUUUUUUUUUUUUUUUUUUGCCCUGAAUCAGAGAUAGCUUUAGUAAAGAUUUUGACCUCAGUGGUCAGUUGAGUCUGUCACUCAGGAGCACUUCAAACUUGCAAGCACCAUAACCGUUGCCUCUACGAAGCACUUGAUUUGGCCCUUGGCGUUUGUUGUUAAAGCCCCAUUCAGAUGAAGAUGUCCUGAUUCUUCCUUUGUUGUUUAAUGAUCUUGUUGCCCCUAUGGCAGUUGCACUGAGAUUUGAGUUCACGAAAGACAUUUGAUGCAGAAAUCGCAACCCUCAGUUUGGACCUAAGGUGCAAAGCAUGACAAGGGCUCAAAGUUUCCUCUCAUCAGGGGGAUGUGCAAAAAUCUGUCCUAAAAGAAUGGGUGCAAAGAUUUCCAUGGUGAAAAAAUGGAACGAUGAGCUUAUGAUGAAAUAAAUCUACACUCGAUACUGUGGGAAGCUCAAUCUUAUAAUAAACCAAUGAGUUGUGGAGCUACAAACUAAUGAUCUGCCUGUUUUCUCUGUGGAGAGUCUUAAUGGUGACUCCAAUUGUAAAGGUAUCUUCAAACUGUGGACCAUAGCUGAAUAUCCCUAAAAUAACCACAGGUGCUCAAGCCAUUACUUUGGUGUGACGAGUGGCACAUUGUCUGCUAUAUCUCUUAAUAAAUGUACAAAUAAAUACACAAUGGGAAAUGAUUUGAUAAAAUCUUAAACAUGGAGGUAAACCAUUCCAUAUCUUUUAAGGAGAAAAUAGGCCUUUUGACUUUGUGCAAAGACAAAAGAAAUUCAGUUAAAUUGCACAUCCCUGCUAUUGUUAGAUCUUUGGUCACAUCGGACUGAAGGUUUACAUGAUGCAAGUCUUCAAAAUGCAUAAACGGAUAUAAUUUUAAUUAGCCUUUUCAUUCCAAUGCAAUUAUAUAAUAAAGAAUUCACUGCUUAACCAUGCUAUUAUCAAGCGAUUUCCUGUUGUGUGUGUACUGGAUGUACCUACUGCUGCUGAAAAUCUGAAAAGUGACUAGUCUGAGAUCUGUACCUGUCCACGUAGCACUUCUGCAUGUAACCGUACUGAGGAUUGAGCUGUCUGGUGGGGAACCAUUGGGCGCAUUUGAUGUCUGACCAUCCAUGUCAAAGUGACAUAUUUGAAAAUAUAUACAUAAAUAUGUUGCGCCAUGAUUGGUUAAUGAAGCUAGACACCCUACCAGAUAGGUCUGCUGGCAUGCUAACUGUGGGCCGCUCAGUACGUGGUUGUAGAGGCCGAUCUGUGUGUGCUUGUAAGAAGGAAGAUGACUUUAUUUCGCUAUGGGAUUGUGGCAGACUGAGCAAGCCAAGGGAGAAUUGCCCAUCACAAGAAAAGCACCAAUGAUGCCUCCUUUAGUUUCUUGAUUUAGAUGCUGGUGGAGACGAUUGACAUUGCUUCCUCAUUCACUUGACUGUGUUACUCAGCACAGAAAUAGAUUCAGAAGUACUGGAGCUGUAAACCUAAACCAAAAAAGUGGAUAAUUUUGGUCAAAAAUAUUGCUGAAUUGCAUCAUUUGUAAAUUAAACAUGUAUUUACAUUGUCCAGAGUUUAUUAUCCCCAUAAGCAGUGCUACUCCCUUAUGAUUGGCUUUCCUCAAGACCUUAAAGUUCUUUCUUGGUUUGACAAUGAUGAUGUCCUGUUUUUAUGUGUCCAGAGACCGGUCCCAAGCAAUCCCACUGCUGCACACGCUGGAUGGGUUCAUGUACAGACAGACUUGUGAAGGUCCUGUCUGUAGGUCCAUCCUCCAGCCACAGGUCUAUCAUCAGCUAUUACUUUGAGAAUAGAUUGGAGGUUUCAGACUUCACAGCUUGAAUGGGACUCUUUGCUUUUUAUGGUAUCACUGUUCACACAGCCAAUUGUUAACAAUAUAUCUGGAUGUUAUUGUUUGCAGCAUAAUUAAAGAAAAAAAUAUGAA